AUGGAAAGGCCCCUGGAGGAGAGGGAUGAGUCCCCGGACUUUCAGGUCCACGCCACUGACUGGAGAUUUGCUGUGUGCAGUUUCAUGGAUGCCUGGGAUGAGGAGGAGCCCACCCCCCACACGGAGGUUAAGGAUCCCAGAACUCCAAAACCACCAGCAGGGGAACCUAAGGGUGAAGGGUUACAGGGCAGCCUGCUGUCUGGGGAGUUUCAGUCACCCCCAGAACUGAUGGCUGCAGAUGGGUCAGGGAAUGGCAAGAAGGGCACAUCAGAAGGUUCCUCAGCCCAGUCAGAGGACCCAGCCUCUUCUGGAGUGGAGAGCCUCCUAUGCCCCAUGUCAUUCCACCUCAGCCUGGUAGAGGGUGGGAGUGACAGCCAAGGGGGAGACUUGGCAGGGGACCCAGGCGGGGUGGUGGCAGUCAGCCUGGGCCUUGAGGAGUUGGACAGUGACCCUGUGGACCUUGGAGACCCUUUGUCAGAGACAGCAUCAGAGCUGCCGGAGGCAGAUCCCAGCGGAUCCUGUCCCCCCACGUCCACUGACUGCCUCUUGGCCCAAGACCUUGCUUUUGAGCUGCUGGCCAGUGGCAUGGCCACCUUGCCAGGGACUCGGGAUGCAGAAGGCCGGGCAGUGCUGCUUCUGUGCGCCCACAGCCCAGCCUGGCUUCACCCCAAGUGCAGCAGCCAUGAGCUUGUCCGCCUCCUGCUCUACCUGCGAAGCAUUCCCAGGCCCGAAGUACAGGCUCUGGGACUGACUGUGCUAGUGGAUGCCCGCAUUUGCUCCCCAAGCUCUUCCCUUUUCUGGGGGCUUAGCCAACUGCAGGAAGUAGCUGCAGGGUCUGUGCACCAGGUGCUGCUAAUGGGAAGGAUGCCAGAGGAAGUGCCUUCCGGGCUGCAGCUGGAGCACGUGCCCUCUCAUCACAGCCUGCUGACCCACAUCCCUACCACAGUGUUGCCCACUUCGCUGGGAGGAGGCCUGCCUUAUUGCCAUCAGGCCUGGCUAGACUUCCGGAUGCAUCUAGAAGCUCUACUGCAGAGCUGCCAGGAGGUUUGUGCCCUGCUCCAGGGGGCCAUUGAGAGCAUGAAGGCGAUACCCUGGCCCAUGGAGUCUGGGGAAGUCAGCCAGCUGCUACGGCAGGUACGGGUCCUGAUGCAGCAGGUGCUAGACUCGCCACGGCUGACAUGGCUGCAGUGCCAGGGGGGCUUGGAGCUGGCAUGGUUGAAGCAGGAAGUCCCAGAGGUUACCUUGAGCCCAGACUACAGGUUGGCUGUGGAUGACGCUGACAAGCUGUAUGGCCAUGUGGAUAGACUGCUGCACCAACUGACCCUGCAGAGCAACCGGCGAGUCCAUGCUCUGGAGUUGGUACAGGCGCUGGAGGCCCAGGAGGGUGCACUGCACCAGAUUGAAGUGUGGCUACAGCAGGUGGGCUGGCCAGCACUGGAGGAGCCAGGGGAGUCCUCACUGGACAUGCUGCUCCAGUCCCAAGGUUCUUUUCAGGAGCUGGACCAGGCUGCCCAGGAGCAGAUCAGGCGUGGGGAGAAGGUUCUACAGCCCCUGGCUGGCUGGGAGGCGGCUGAGCUGGGCUCCCCUGGGGCCCGCUUUCUGGCCCUGAAAGCCCAGCUGACUGAAUUCUCCAGGGCUUUGGCCCAGCGGCGCCAGCGGCUGGCAGAUGCUGAGAGGCUGUUGAGAUUCUUCAAGCAGGCCUCGACAUUGGCUGAGGAGGGCCAGCGAGUGUUGGCAGAGCUGGAGCUGGAGCCCCCAGGGGUCGUGCUACAGCAGCUGCAGCUGCACUGGACCAAGCACCCUGACCUGCCUCCUGCCCACUUCCGAAAGAUGUGGGCUCUGGCCACAGGGCUGGGCUCAGAGGGCAUCCGCCAGGAGUGCCGCUGGGCCUGGGCGCGGUGCCAGGACACCUGGCUGGCCCUGGACCAGAAGCUAGAGGCUGCACUGAAGGCACCACCGACGGGCAGCAGAAGCAGCCUGUGUGUCAGCAGGGUCCUCGCUGCACAUGCCAUCCCUCCUCUAAGGAAGGCGUACAGCUUUGAUCGGAAUCUGGGGCAGAGCCUCAGUGAGCCUGCCCACCACUGCCACCAUGCUACCACUGCAGCUGCCUGCCAUCGACCAGAGGCUGGAGGUGGUGCCCAGCCUGGGUCAUCCCCCACUGUGCCUCCACCAGGCACCUCUGAGCCUAGGAGCCCCAACAGGCUACAGCUGGUGCUGGCAGAGAUGGUGGCCACGGAGCGGGAGUAUGUCCGUGCCCUUGACUACACCAUGGAGAACUACUUCCCCGAGUUGGAUCGCCCUGAUGUGCCCCAGGGCCUCCGUGGCCAGCGCGCCCGCCUUUUUGGCAACUUGGAGAAGCUGCGGGACUUCCACCGCCAUUUCUUCCUGCGGGAGCUGGAGGCCUGCACCCGGCACCCGCCCCGAGUGGCCUAUGCCUUCCUGCGCCAUAGGGUACAGUUUGGGAUGUAUGCGCUCUACAGCAAGAAUAAGCCUUGCUCCGACGCCCUGAUGACCAGCUAUGGCCACAUGUUCUUCAAGGAUAAGCAGCAAGCGCUGGGGGACCACCUGGACCUGGCCUCCUACCUGCUAAAGCCCAUCCAGCGCAUGAGCAAGUAUGCGCUGCUGCUGCAGGAGCUGGCGCGGGCCUGCGGGGGACCUGUACAGGAGCUUAGUGCCCUGCGGGCGGCACAGAGCCUUGUGCGCUUCCAGCUGCGGCAUGGCAACGACCUGCUGGCCAUGGACGCCAUCCAGGGCUGUGACGUUAACCUCAAGGAGCAGGGGCAGCUAGUGCGACAAGAUGAGUUCACGGUCCACGCUGGGCGCCACAAGUCCCUGCGCCGCGUCUUCCUCUUUGAGGAGCUGCUCCUUUUCAGCAAGCCUCGCCGCGGGCCCACAGGCAUCGACACAUUCACCUACAAGCGCUCCUUCAAGAUGGCAGACCUGGGCCUGACUGAGAGCUGUGGGGAUGGCAACCUGCGCUUUGAGAUCUGGUUCCGCCGUCGUAAGGCCAGGGACACCUUUGUGCUGCAGGCCACCAGCUCGGCCACUAAACAGGCCUGGACCACUGACAUCUCUUGCCUGCUCUGGAGGCAGGCUGUCCACAAUAAGGAGGUACGCAUGGCUGAGAUGGUGUCCAUGGGUGUGGGGAACAAGGCCUUCCGGGACAUUGCCCCCAGCGAGGAAGCUAUCAAUGACCGUACCAUCAACUGUGUCCUCAAGUGCCGAGAAGUUCGCUCUCGGGCCUCCAUUGCUGUGGCCCCGCUUAACUAUGACAGCCCCUACCUGGGGGCCUCCAACUCCCUUCCUGGAGACCUUGCCUCUUCUUCUGUACUGGGGCCCCUCAACCUGCACCUGUACAAAGACCCAGCUCUUCUGGGCCUCCGCUGGCCCCUGUAUCCCACCAACUUCCCAGAGGAAGCAGCGCUGGAGGCUGAAGCAGAGCUGGGCAGCCAGCCCUCUUUGACUUCUGAGGACUCAGAGGUCUCGUCGCAGUGCCCAUCAGCCAGUGGCUCCAGUGGCUCCGACAGCAGCUGUGUGUCAGGGCAGGCCCUGGGCACGGGCCUCGAGGACUUGUCCUAUGUGGAGCUGGAGGCAGGUCUGAGCCCAGGCUUGAAGAUGGACAGCGGAUCCAGCAGCCUGUGGUUCCAAGGAACAUCCCCCUCUCUCUGGAUCUGCUAUAACCGGGGUGUGGCUGGCCCCGGGCCCUCCCCGCCGACAUGGACAGCCCUGCUGACUACCCUUUCUGAUAUCUGUCCCCACUGGACAGACCACAGAGCGCCUCUCUGGGAAAGUCUGGCUGCACUGCCUGAAUGA